UUUAUUCUGUAAUAUUUCGUGAAUAUUCCUUACCGUAUCGUCGAGUUGAGCUGCUGUUCCUCCGAUAACGUGCAGAAUAUCAUCAUUUUUUAGUGAUUUUUCAAGACUGCGACUCUUUUUCGUGGUGUUUUGUGAGACAGUGACUCUUUAUGUGCUACGAUGUCGGAUAAGGAGAACAAACGGAAAUGUUUUAAAUGCGGCUCUUCACCCGCUGAAGACGGCAUUAAAUUGUUCCGAGCUCUUAAGCCUGGCACCAAUAACCUAGUUCGUUGUGAGCAAUGGGCACAGUACAUGUACCCUGGAAGAAAUGUUAGCUCUGUAGAAUUUCUGAAAAAACUCUACAAUGAGCACAGGAUGCUUUGUUCAAAACAUUUCCAAGAAGAGGAUUUUACGGAUCUGACACGAAAAUAUUUAUUAAGGACUGCAGUCCCCAGAGACAUCGAGCAACAGGAGCUGGGUCAACCGGGACCAUCAAGAAGCACAAAUGAGGCUUGCAUUGAAGCAGGGUCCAGAAAACCUAAGACGAUGAGACGACCAAUGAGUAUGUUGUUAAAUAAUUCUUCAAAAGAAACUGGAGGCGCUUAUGAUGAUAAAAUUGGCGACAAAUUUUUGGAAGACAUAUUACAAGAUGGUUGUCAGCAGAUUCCAGGUGAUACAGCUUCACAAGAAACUGGAGUCUUUGAUGAUGAAGAUAAUAACAUUGAGGACGAUAUAUUCGAAGAAAUCGUAGACGAUGAUUUUCACCAGAUUCCAGGAGAGGCGCAGCCUGCGACGCUGUCGGCGGGCGAGUUCUCGUGGCAGCGGGCGAGCGCGGUGGUGCCGGGCGACGCCGACGACGUCGCCGGUGCAGAGUAUGAGAUGGAAGCGGAGAUGUUCGAGGCCCCGGCGCCGCGGGCCCGCGCUCGCGAGCAGUCCCUGCACGAGGGGUACCGCUGCAACGGCUGCGGCGGGAGCAUAGUGGGGUUCCGCUACAACCCGUGUGCUGGUUGCAGGUUCCGCUACGUGUGCGUGCAGUGCGCGGACGUGGACCUGUGCGGCGCGUGCGAGGCGGCGGGCCAGCAUAUGCGCCACUACGCGCUGCGAGUGCCCGGCCCGCGGGCCUACGACGAGGUGGCCGCGGUGCUGCACAGGGUACGCCAGGCGCUGCUGGCCGACUCCAUCCUGCUCGGGGACGGUUUGCAGAUGGAGGCAGAAGUGAAGGAGGAGCCAGAGGAAGCGGACCCGAUAGCGAUGUCAGCGGCAGCGAAUGACGGGGACGAGUGCGAGUCGGUCGGUGCCGCGUCUGCGGCCGAGUCCACGCAUGCGCUCGAGGCCGACACGGCGGCCAGUGAUGAUGACGACAGCUACGCGCCGUCCGAGGACGACUCGGACUCGGACACAGAGGCGGGCCGGAGCGCCCCCGGACACACAGUCGACUACAGCACACCGACACGCUCGCAGUCUCACCACGCGUCACCAUCUUCGGCACGCGCUGUCAAGCGACCAGCGCCGAGUCCUAUAUGCUACUUCGACCUGAGGAAGACUGCUGCGAUGAUAGCGGGUGACCGUAGCAAGAGCGACAUGGAGCCAGCGGCGUUGAGGCGGCAGCCGGCCACGCAGCUCCACAGCUUGCCUCGCCACGAGGACGACACACUCGCUGACAAGAGACCCUUGUCCGCGGCACAAGUUUUGUUAGACUCUAAACGAGCGCGUGUUAUGCUAGAACGGCUAGACAACACUGAAGUACACACGCCGCGAGUCAAGAGAUGAUGCUGUCUCAAAACGAAAGACUGACCAAAUAAAUGUGAUAUAUGAUUUAAUAUGGCUUUUGUUAACUAAAUCAUUCUCUUUGUUUUUACAUUAUUAUUAUUACGAUCCCAUCAAAAUAAAUGUUAAUGUCUUAAUCUAAAUAGAAAUAAGGAGGCUCUUGAAUGUUUAGUACUAAGUAGGGCCGCCUAGUAGGCACAAUGAAUGUCUCGGGUCAGGCUCGAGGCGUUAUCGAGUUGUCGGAACCGGUAUGCAUUUGAGUCCUGAAGUUUUGUUGCCUUCGCGAAUUGAAGGGUAAUCAGUAGGACUACUGAGAAUAAAGGAAAGGUUUAGCGGUUUCAUAUAUCGAUUUUUUUUUCAUUUGGGCCGGAUAAAGUGUGAAGCUCCGAUGAUCUCUCUAGGUGUUUAUUGCAUUCCACAAUACACAUUACUUUAUAUAACAUCCUUCUGUAUACCUGUAUUCACAAAUAAAGAUUUUGAUUUUUUGA